GAAUCGUCGCUGCUUUUCUCUUCUUCUUUCUUUCAGUCUCUCCUCCCUUUUCUCAUUCUCUUCUUCUUCCAUUCCUCCCUGUUUGUUUCCCCAGAUAACCAAGGAAAAUUCAUAAGACAUCGUAUCAAAAUUCCAGCUUUUCCUUCUCUUCUCUUGUUCGGUCCAAAAUUACUAAAGGAGUGAAUUAAUGGUGGCUGUAAUCUGUAAUAUGGUGACAUCUUGCCUUUGCUGAAGAUGAAAUUUGAUUUUCUUAGUAUUGGAUGGUCCAGUAUCCAUUCAAAAGAGGAUAUGCAAGAAAACCUUGAAUCAAAGGCCGUACUGUUGGAACAGUCAGAACCAAAGGCGGGUUUUGACAUCAAGCUAUGGGGCUGGUCCCUCGUAUCUCUUAUUCCUUGGGCGAUUAAUACUAGAGACAAUAGUCGAGGACCAACAACUAUAAACAGAAGGUUGAAGAAACGUGCUCAGCAACAAGGGUUUAAUGACCCUAUUCUCAGAGGUAACCCUGUGAAAUUUCGACCAUAUGUGUCAAAGGUCCCAUGGCAUAAAGGUUCAAGAGCAUUUCUUUCCCAGCUUUUUCCUAGAUAUGGACACUAUUGUGGGCCAAAUUGGUCAAGUGGGAAAGACAACGGCUCUCUUAUUUGGGACAGGAGACCGAUUGAUUGGUUGGAUUAUUGCUGUUAUUGCCAUGAUAUGGGUUAUGACACUCAUGAUCAGGCUGAAUUGCUAAAAGCUGACUUGGAGUUUCUUGAAUGCUUGGAGAGGCCGCACAUGAAUACUAUAGGAGAUGCUGGUGCCGCUAUUAUUUACAGGACAAUGUGCAUCACAGGUCUGAAGACUAUGUUAAUACCGUAUAGAAGACACCUGGUGAAGCUACAGUCUGGACAUCCGUUAUUCGAUUUUAGAUGGUUAAGCAAAGUCAACUGGAGAAGGAUUGAUUUCCAGAAAAGCUGAAAAUAGAUCACGAGUUCUGGGAACUAGCUAGCAACAGUGACACGAGCCCAUAUCUUGCAAUCGCAGCAGGUAGAAGAGCAUAGUUAUCUCGUUUUCUAUUAUUUAUUUUUAUUGGAGUUCUCCUGUGCUAGAGCUAUGGUGAAGCUUCUGUUGGGAAUUAGAACUUCAGAAUCUAGUCUUUCUUUCAUUUUCCCCCUUGCCUACCGUCUCCUAAAUGAUGUAUAUAACUAGCUUAACGACGAUUAAAUUUGCUUGCUAUUACCGGAACAUAAUGUCGAUAUCAGCUUCAAUAAUUUGUAUAUAGAGAUCAAUCUACCCAUUGAUGUAUGUUUGCAGGAUUUACACUUUUUGAUUAUACCGAA